AAAUUAUUUACGAAGCUUGCUCUCUAAAAUGGCGAAGUUACUUGGUCAUUCCUAUGUAAGUCUGUUAACUAAAGAUUUCCAUGUUUGGCCCGACUUUCAUGGCAACAGAUCGCCAUUGGCCGACCCUACCAUGAAAGGCAUGAUUACAGGAUUGACUAUCAAUAGCAGUGAGGAAAAUUUGGCUCUUCUUUACUUGGCAACUCUGCAAGGACUAUCGUACGGUACGCGCUACAUCAUCGACGCAUUGAUGCUAGCGGGCUAUCAAACCUUGAAAUCAUUGCUUAUUUGCGGCGGAAUAACGAAGAACCCAUUAUUCGUGCAAAUACAAGCUAAUACUGUCGGCUUUCCUGUUUUAAACCCUCACGAAAAGGAUUCCGUUUUAGUUGGGUCCGCAAUUUUAGGAGCUUGUGCUUCACAGCAUUUCAACAACAUACAAGAAGCUACAUUAUGUUUUCACUUUCUCAUAAAUACUAAGUAGUUCUUUUGUUUCGGCUUUCUCAAUAGUCUUUUAAG